UUGGAAUUGCAUUCACCAAGGCAUCGCACUGGAAUCUUCGAUAUCGAAGGACUUCAUGUUCGCUAUUCGCAUCGUCAGCUUCAUUCGUGGUUUGGUAUGAAGGCGCACGUCGCUUCUUGGACGUUGAACUCGUUGGUGCUUUUCGCAGCGUUUCUCGCUGCGGGCUCUCUUGGCCAGGGAUUGCAAGGGCGUUGUGUCGAUGACUCGCAGUGCGCGCUCAAUGCCGCGUGCGUCACUGUCGACACAGGCCGCGCUGCAUUCUCCAAGUGCACAGCCAACAAACCAAUCUGUGGCGGCCGAACAUUUGGUCACUGCCCGUCGCAGGACUCGGAAAUUGGCAACAUGAUGUGUGUGUUUGUCGAGACGAAGAAGAUUCGAAACGUCGAGUGUUGCCCGGCCUCAGGGACGCAGUUGUUGCCUGAAGGGAGCCCAGUGGACGGGGUUGCCACUGUCUCUCCAAGUGCCACCACGGCGGCGUCCGCCGCGGCCACGACAUCAUCCCCCAUCACGACUAAAUCAGCCGCGCGAGAACUCCUCGUGGAGUCGGCAGUUUCUUGUUUCGAUUGCUACAAACCUCCUGGAAGCAACCGAACCAUUCCAGGCUCGUUCCAGUGCGUCUUAAAAGAUCAGUGCAAAGCGCAGAGCGUGUUUCCAAAGGUGUGCGACACUGGCCUCAGCUGCGACACCGCCAAGAACGAACUGUGUUCGCGGCACGGCACGUGCGCGCCCAUCGACUUGGACGCGCCCCAAGGCACUUACCGUUGCAUGUGCGACGUCGGGUUUGGCGGACGAUUCUGUGACCAAGUCAUCUCGAACGAAUGUGUGGCAGAUUGCGGCGUUGGCGGGAUCUGCGUCGACGGCCAAUGCGUGUGCAAAAAGGGCUACAUCGGCGACCAGUGCUUUGGCUGCACUCAUGACGCAGCAUGCAACGCAGACAAACUGUCUGGCACGUGCAAUUUGAAAACCAACACGUGCGACUGCGUCCCGGGCUUUCAGGGCGACAGGUGGUGCGGCACAACGAGCGAUGCGUCCGUCGCUGUGGUCGACAUGUGCACGUUGCCGACCGGUCCCAACUGCGGUGACUUGGGAAUUUGCCUCCAAAGCGAGUGCUACUGCCGCGAUGGCGCUUGCGUUGGGUCGUUGUGUACCAAGUGUACGCUCCCGGGUUGUGUCGAUUGCGUCAAGUCGGCGGCAAUAGCAUCACCGCUGUCAACACUGAUCGCGUCAUGCCUUGCGUCGUACCUGUUGAUCGUGCUCUAGACGAGUCCCCAUCAACCUUCGCGACGUGUUCAGUUUGGAUCGAUAUAACGACAAAUACAUUUCUGGCAGCGUAAAUGCGUCGUGGACGAAGGAUACAAGGGGCAAAUCUCGCGCACAGUCGGCGCCACACGUGUCGUCCAAAGAGUUUUCCAUCAUGCAGAUGGAGUGGUCGAUGCAAGCC